CCACAAGUGCGUUAACCCGUGUUGCAAAGUAUUGUCCGAAGGUCAACAAACUCUGCCAGUGCAAAAACUAAAGACUGUCCCCAAAUAGAGAUGGACAUCAACGCUGUAAAUGCUCUUCCUUACGAGGAUUUUGUGAAUAUUUUUGGCAAUGUGGUGGAGAAAUGUCCCAUUAUAACAGCUGCUGUGUGGUCAAGGCGUCCCUUUGCGAGCUUGCCCGCUUUGGAGGCCGCCAUUAAUGAGUUCAUCGAUGCUUUGCCAGAAUCAGGUAAAGAGGGGAUCCUCAGGUGUCACCCUGACCUCGCGGGUAGGGACCUCCAGAGAGGCACCUUGACCCGCGAGUCGCGCGAGGAGCAGGCACGAGCCGGACUGGACGAGCUGGAUUCCGCGGAAGCCUCGCGCAUGGCCUGGCUCAACGAGGACUACAAAGAGCGGUUUGGUUUCCCGUUUGUCAUCUGCGCCCGGAUGAACGACAAGGCGAACAUCUUACGGCAGCUGUCCGAGCGGUGUCGGAACGAGCGCGCGGUGGAGAGGGCGCGCGGCAUCGAGGAGGUGAAGAAGAUAUGCCACCUGCGUCUACAAGGUCUCGUGAUCGCUGACGCUCCGAACAAGUUAUGAACCACCUGGACGUAAAGACUGUCAUAGCUAUUAGACCUGUACAGGUUGUGAAAUUUAUUUUAUUCCAAAUUUAUUAUGUGUGCUAUUCAUCCAUCAUACUGUAUAAUUAAUUUUUUAAACAAUAAAAUAUGUGG